ACCCUGUGAUGAGCUUCUACUGUGAUGAGUCUCGUAAGCCUAGAGGAGGUCGAGGAUUCGGUGCAUACCUGUCUAGAAUUGGGUCUCUUCCGGAACGAGUGAUUUCACCAGCACGUCUACUUUUAACUAGGUCUCACACAGGGCACAAGUUUGGGCACCAAUUCCCCCGAUCAUUCUUUUUGUCUUUAAGUUCUCAAGGAAAAAACAAAAGUCUCGCGUCUCUUGGUCUAACCUAGGUGCUGAAAUGAGAUCGUCUUGUUUUCUUGACAGAUUGGUUUUACAGCAGCCACAUUGCGUCCUGAAGCCCUUCGAGUAUGAAGACGAACGCCCUGGAUUUGCAAAAAGAUUUUAUGGUCGAUUGGUUUGUGAUUCCUCUGUGCUACGGAGAAUAGAAUUUCGAAAGUGAGUGUUUGUUAGCUUUGCAUGACGGGACAGCAAAUUGGGCACCCUUGUGAUCAUCACCUGGUGGUGGUAAUAAUUUGCAGAUCAUUGAGAGAUUUAGGGAGUAUUGCCUGAGGCUAGUGCAAGGGUAUAAGAGCCUAUGAUUGAAUAUGGGUUUACAUGGGUCAUAAGUUUGUGUAUGAUGGAGGAGGCUCCGAUCCCCCCUCUUUUGGAUAGUCCUUGCUGUAUCGUGCACACAUUUGAAAGAGUAGCUGCACUUAACCCCCAAAAAAUUGCCGUCGUCCAUGCCUCACCUGCAAUUUCCGUUCACCAUAGUGAGGAGUCGUUGCAUUCUCGGUUGAAAAAUGGCACGUGUGUAGAUGCUUUAGCUGCACAUGAAGAUGGUGUAUGUUCCGGUGCGAAAGGAUUGCAAGACAUCUCAAAGACGAUUGUUGCUAACACAAACGAGUUACUUGUUCACUCCGAGGAUAUCCCGUAUUCGUUUGAAGAGCUACAAGGAGCUGUUGUAUCACUUGCGCGCCUCCUGACGGUUGUACUCGGCAAAGAGGAAGAAGGAUCGGUUGGGUACACUGCAGGGAAGCAUGAUGUAAGCUCACUUGACACCUCCUCAUCAAGUAAUGGUAAGGAGGAUUUGAAUGAGGACUUUAAGAGCAAUGCGGCUAAUGAUAUGGAUCUGCUGCAAGAGAAAGUGGAUCCCACGUCCAUAAAAUUCACACAUAAUUUAAAAGGUCCUGUGAAGCUGCACUUGCCUAGAAGAGUGGUGGGCAUCUGGAUAGCACAGUCAGUAGAGUAUCUGGUUUCGGUAUUUGCAGUUCUUAAAGUGGGUGGUGUCUUCAUGCCCAUGGAUCCAUCUUGGCCAGUCAGUAGGGUUCAAGCUGUGCUGCAGAGUGCAAAGCCUGCGAUACUUCUUGGUUGCAGACACACUUUCUUAUCUUCACAGAACUCUUUGCAAGCAAAGAUAAGCGCGUUGGAGGCAGCUAAUUGUCAAUUAAUGUGGAUACCAGAAGGAUUUGUGAAGACGGCGGCGAGGGAAACUUUGUACGAGGUUGAACGUGUUUGUGCGACCAGACAGACAAACUUUUGCUACAUCCUUCAUACUUCUGGGUCGUCGGGGACUCCCAAGGGAGUUUGUGGAACAGAAGAAGGAUUGAUCAACAGGCUUUCUUGGAUGGAGUCUGCAUACCCGCAUGUGAAUACCGAUGUGGGAUGCUUUAAAACAUCGGUUGGAUUCGUGGAUCAUCUCACAGAAGCACUUGGUCCCCUGCUUGCCGGAAUCCCUAUUAUUAUACCUUCUCCGGAGAUCCUUAAAGAAAAUUUGCUUAUCCUGUUGAAUUAUAUUCAGACUUAUAAAAUUACGCGACUAACUGCUGUUCCUUCAAUUUUUCGAGCGUUGCUUCCAGCAUUAAAAUCUACGUGUCGGAAUGCAGCAGAUUCGUUGCGUAUCCUUAGUCUUAGUGGAGAGUCGCUAUCAUUAAAGCUACAACAAGAACUCCACUGUGUGUUGGAGAACACCACUAUAUUGAACCUUUAUGGUAGUACUGAGGUGUCAGGUGACUCUUCAUGUUUUGAUUGCACCAGUUUAUGGGAUGCUUCAUCGACUAGUAUUCAGCUUCUAGAGGACUCCAGGCUGAGCACUACCCCCAUUGGAGACCCUAUCAACGGUUGUUACCACUUUAUUGUCGUGGACGGUGAAAAGUUAGGAGGUGUUAAUGAAGAAGGUGAGCUCUGGGUUGGAGGUGUGGGAGUAGCACAAUCUUACUUGAAUGACAAUGAGAGCACAAGGGAAAAGUUCAUAGAUCUUUCGAGUCAAAAUGAUGAAUCUGAUCGCACGCUAUUUCUGAGGCAUAUCAAACAGCUUAUGCAACCCAAAGUAUUACAAUCUCAAAGGUCCAAGUUCAGAGGCUCUGAUGCGUCUGGGAUUUCGAGAUUACCGCCUUGGACCUCAUUUGGUGAACGCAUAUUUAGAACUGGGGACGUAGUAAAGAAAUUACCUGAUGGUAACGUAGUGUUACUUGGAAGAAUAGACCGGCAAGUUAAGAUUCGUGGGAAUAGGAUAUCAUUGGAAGAAAUCGAAGGCUACAUAGAGAUGCAUCCUAAAGUGAGUCGUUGUGUGGUCACUCUUCACACUCGUCUUGAGAGUGACAUGGACCUAGUGGCUUAUGUGGUUUACGAUCGGGCAAUGACAAGCUUGUUAGACAAAGAUCAUGACAUGCUGAACCAUAGGCUUAUUUAUGAAGAGAUCACUUCGAAUUUGAGUCAUGAGUUGAAGCUUUGGCUGGCAGAAAAACUGCCUUCUGUUAUGAUCCCUCAGAUUUUUAUUCCACUAGUAUCCCUUCCAUUGACCAAUUCGGGCAAAGUAGAUUAUGAUUCACUUCCUGACUUGAUCGGAAGUUCUGUUGAAGAUGCCAAACGGAACAGCAAGUCAGCAGAACAAACGGAGUCACUAGGAAUUGAACAUAUUCGACAGGUGUUUACUAGUGUGCUGAAGGCAGAGAAGCUCUCAGAUACUGACGAUUUCUUCUCAGCAGGUGGAACAUCUAUAUCAGCAGCUCAUGUUGCGUACCUUCUUAAUAUAGACAUGCAUCUUUUGUAUAUGUAUCCAUCAGCCAUUCUUCUUCAUAAUGCUAUUGAAGACACAAAGGAGAUCACACUGGGUGAUAUUGUAUCUACUCAAACUCAGGGACGAUCCUAUCAAUCGUCUGUAUUGACCAACACUGAGAAUGUUAGUAGAAUCUCAAAUACAAAAGACCCAGUACUUCCUGUACUAAAAUAUGUUGAUGAUCAUGAAUUUCCUAGAAAUGUAAACGUCCAAGGCAUAAUCUGUGAGUCUCUGGAUCAAAGCUUGUUGUCAAGAAAGAGGAAGCUCGAUGAAGCCAUUUUUGAGUCAGAAAAGGCCACGAAGGAAGAUUGUUGGACAUGGAAUUCCUCUAAUCAGAUUCGUUUAUCUUUGAGUUUUUCGCGUUGUAAUAGAACUGUCAAUCUACGUGCAUUGGUCAAGGCAAUGAAAUCUACAGUUGAACCGACACUGACGGUACACAGCCAAACUACAAAGGUGGAGAGGAGUAUGCAUUCGUGUUGGAGAGUCUCCUUACAAGCUUGUGUAGAUGCUUCACCUUUAGUGGUAUUUCAUGGUGAGGUUUUUCGAGUUUUCAUCGGUUCCCAUUCUCACAGCUUCUACAGUCUUGAUGCUACCAGCGGUAAACUCCAGUGGGAGGCCACUUUGGGAGGGCGUGUUGAAUCCAGCGCUGCUGUAACUCGUGACUUAUCUCAAGUGGUGGUUGGUUGCUAUGAUGGAUUUAUUUACUUCCUUGAUUUUUGGAAUGGUCAGAAACUGUGGGACUUCAAGACUGGUGGACAGGUGAAAUGUCAACCAGCUUUGGACCCCUGGACAGGAUUAAUAUGGUGCGGAUCACAUGAUCAUCACAUAUAUGCACUCGACCCAGCCUCUCACAUGUGCGUCUGGCGGCAUGACUGUGGAGGAAGCAUAUUCGGCGCACCCGCUUUUAACGAGGGUAGCAUGACUGUUUAUUUUGGCACAACCAGAGGAACUGUUAUUGCCAUUCAGAUUAAGCCGACAAUAUUUGUUUCAUGGACCUAUGAAUGUGGUGCACCAAUUUUUGGAUCUUUAGCUUUAGACCCCUCCACAGAUUUUGUUAUUUGUACGAGUGUUAGUGGCCGUGUGAUUGCGCUCAAACCCAAUGGUGUUCCCGCGUGGCAGGCUAAAACUGAGGGUCCAAUUUUUGCUGGAGCAACUAUCUCCCGUGUCCUCAUCUCUCAGGUGCUAGUAUGUUCUGGAGACUGUCAUCUGUACUGCAUAAACCUCCAAAAUGGCAGUACUGUAUGGAAGUACAAUGUAGGCGGUCCUAUUACAUCUUCUGCUUAUGUUGAAGAGGACCUGGUUUUGCUACAAGACCGUAGCGAGAAGCAUCAGAUUAUGGAGAGCCUCAUAUGCGUUGCCACUACUUCUGGCACAGUCCAUGUGUUACGUGCACCAUCUGCUAUAUCGUCUAGGAGCUUGGUACAAAACAAAAGUUGCUUCAGUGAUCCGCAGUCACCGUCGCUCUUCUCAGCCUUAAACGAAAGGCCCUCCCUCGAUAAGAUCAUUUUCCCGAUUCAGGAGGUUACUGACAUAAAACUGCCUGCAGAGUUUGGUGGGCUGCACGUAUCCACUUCACGGACCACGCAGAAUGGGCGGGUGUACCUCGCCAUCGGCUUGUCUUGAGGCCAUUGAGUAGCAACUCUGUUCCUCCUCGAUCAGUUAUUUUCUAUUCUGUACAAACGUUAAGCACUUUUCAGCACGGCCUAGUAGGAUAUACUAUUACACCGUGUCCUUGUACACCUGCCCUCUACACCAUCAUCAAUACUCGGUUGAUUCAAGGCUUGUGUACGAGCCUGAAUCAACUGCUUAUGAGGGCAACUUGUAAGCUGUACCACAAGGGCCUGGAGACCACAUAGCUGUGCAAUUACUCCGUUGUCUCUGAACUCUGAGUAACCAUCUCCACAACAUGAUAGGAUUGGCAACUCUGAUCCAAUUUGCAGAGCUGCAAGCUUGCAUACCAGUAGAAUCCACUCAAGAAACCAACCUGCCAAGUUUCCAAAACGGAACUCAAGAAGAUCAGAGGACCUGCUGCAAGCAGCACCUCUGCAGAAGCUACACACAACGGUCCUGGUUCAUUAUUGGGAGGAUUCUGUAAUAAACACUAGUUCCUCUUGGAAACGGGACAGGGCAGUGCAGGGCUAAGAACCAAGCUGGUUAUCAUUGUGCAUGAGCCAAGCAUAUAGUUAUCUAAUGAUUGCCCAUCCAA